AUGGUGCGCCAAGCGAGCCUGCUGUACCAGUACUUAAUAAAUAGCUACCUACAUUCAUCAGAUGAAGAAGAAGACUGGAACGUUCAACUGGCUCAUUCCAUAAGUAGUGAGCUCAAGGCUCCGUACCUGAAAGCGCCCCAUGCCGCUUUUACCGGUCGAUGGGGGUUUCCUUUGAAACGGCGAGCUUUCCACCGCUUUCCUGAUAGAACCCUAGCUUCCACCUCUAUUUCAACAUCACCAUCCCAUAUCAAUACAUCGUCAAUUGUGCAGAUCUAUCCUCCGCUUGCGGUAUACGUGCCAGUGACUGCAGGCAUUUCUCACCUUUCCUUGCGUAUUGCAACAAUAACCUUCCUGUUCGCAUCAUUAUUUUAUCCCCAGUCCCGAACCAUGGCGACCUCGCACCAGCUGCAGGAGCUUGGGACUUACACAGCCUGCGACAUAGCGGACGCACUUGUCAAACUCAACGUUCCCAAUGCAGGCUUUCUUCCAGAUUUGAAGCUGUUUGCUCCUCCUUCUACGGCUCCGGAAGGUAGCGAAGGUGAUUCUAAUCCGGAUGUGCUGGUAGCCCCUGCUUCCACGGUGUUGUUUGCUCCCAAGACCGGAGAUACUUCUGGCUAUAUAGAUGCGAACAUCCCGUCGGGGAAGCAUUUUGUGGAUCUCACAGAGCCAGAGACUAUCGUGGUUAUGCAACAGCCUCUGGGGCAGAAAUGUGCGAUUCUUGGCGGCAUCAUGGCUCUCCGGAUGAAGGUCCUCAAUGCCAAAGGUAUCGUUGUGAAUGGCAGAGUGAGAGAUAUUGAGGAACUGGCAACCACAGCCCUUCCCAUCUGGGGCAAGGCUACCUCGAUCGUCGGAAGUGGCUUAGAAGCAAAAGCGCAUGCCGUUCAAGUACCACUGGACAUCGAUGGGACCGUUGUCAGACCCGGGGAUUUGGUCUUCAGCGACUUCGUCAACGGCGUAGUAGUGAUACCACACGACAAAGUCGAAGAGCUCCUCGCAAUCUUGCCUGGUCUUGUGGAAGCAGACGACCGAGUGAAGGAGGACGUGGAGAAAGGGAUGACAGUCCAAGAGGCUUUCAAGAAGCACAGAGGCUAG